AUGGUCUCAAAUGUUCCGAUCCUCAGUGGUACCAACUUCUCAGAAUGGAAAGAGAAAGUUGAGUUCACAUUAGGAGUACUGGACUUGGAUUUGGCACUUCGUGAAGAGGAACCAAAUCCAAUAACGGAGGACAGUACUGAGGAAGAAUGUAUUUUCCAUAAAGAUUGGGAAAAAUCGAACAGAUUGAGCAUUAUGUUUUUAAGGAUGACAAUUGCUAAUAACAUCAAAUCUUCCCUCACGGUUGCUGAAAAAGCUAAAGCUUAUCUCGCGGUCAUUGAAGAGAGGUUUAAGACUGCAGACAAAUCCCUUGCUGGGAAACUUAUGGCAGAUCUUACAACCAUGAAGUAUGAUGGCACAAGGUCUAUGCAUGAACAUUGCAUUGAAAUGACCAACCUUGCGGCUAAGCUAAGGAAUUUGGGAAUGAGUGUGGAUGAUUCAUUUCACGUCCAGUUUAUCCUAAAUUCCUUACCUCUUCAGUAUGGACCAUUUCAGAUCAAUUAUAAUGCUAGGGACGAAAGGUGGUCCAGUAAUGAAUUGAAUAUUAAGUUGGUCCAAGAGGAGACUAGGCUUGGUCGUGAAGGUAUUAAAGUUGCCUAUUAUGUCCAAGAAGCUGGAAUUAAAGCUGGGAAAAGGCAUCAAGUAGGUCAUAAAAGAGCACCACCCAGAAGUAAUGAUUCCACCAAAGCUAAUGAGAAGAAAAAGGCAAAGAAAGAUGACCGAUGCAAUUUUUGCAAAAAGGCUGGUCACUUUCAGAAAGAUUGUCAUAAAAGAAAAGAAUGGUUCGAAAAGAAAGGGAUUCCUUACGAUCCAGAAUAUAAAUCCAAGUGA